AUGUCUCUCCACAAGAAGGUUACCCUCAACUCCGGCGCCGAAAUCCCUACCCUGGGAUUCGGUACCUGGCAAUCCGCCCCCGGUCAGGUCGGUGAGGCCGUCUACCAGGCCCUGAAGGCCGGUUACCGUCACCUCGAUCUGGCCACCAUCUACCAGAACCAGAAGGAAAUCGCCGUCGGUAUCAAGCGCGCCUUCCAGGAGUUCAACAUCAAGCGUGAGGACGUCUUCAUCACCUCCAAGCUCUGGAACAGCCAGCACCACCCGAUGUGGUCGAGAAGGCUCUCGACGACUGCCUUGCCGAGUGCGGCCUCGAAUACCUUGAUGUAUCUCUACCUCGUCCACUGGCCCGUUACCUUCAAGACCGGCGACGAGUACUUCCCUCUCGUCGAGGGCAGCACCGUCCCCGGUGGCGAUUGCAUCAUCGACGACAGCAUCUCCAUCGUUGACACCUGGAAGGCCAUGACCAAGCUCCCCAAGAGCAAGGCCCGCGCCAUCGGUGUUUCCAACCACAUGGUCGAGCACCUCGAGGCCAUCAUCAACGCUACCGGCGUCGUCCCCGCUGCCAACCAGAUCGAGCGAGAAGGCAUCCACGUCACUGCCUACUCCGCCUUCGGUAACAACAUGAUCGGUGAGCCCCUCCUCAUCACCCGCGACGAGGUCAAGGCCGUCGCCGAGGAGGCCGGCAAGCGUCUCGGCAAGGCUGUGUCCCCCGCCCAGGUCAUCCUCGCCUGGUCCCAGGUCGGUGGCCACAGUGUCAUCCCCAAGUCUGUCACUCCCGCUCGUAUCGCCGCCAACUUCGAGGAGAUCGAGCUCACCGCCGAGGAGAUCGCUAAGAUCACUGCCCUUGGCACCGAGCGCCGCUACAACGUCCCCUACGUUGCCAACAAGCCCCGCUGGAACAUUAAUGUCUUCGGUGAGCCCGAGGAGGCUCCUGCUGACCACAAGGUCAUCCUUUAA